AGGCUUAUUGGUUGAGAGAAAGAGAAAUGGACUACCCGGAAAGUUAUAGAUUGACAUUUUAUGGAAUUUUGGUUGCUUUUAUGGAAUUAGCAUUUGCUUAUUGUCUUCUAUGUGUAUCGGCUAUCUUCUUUAUUACAUUGAAGUUGCUACUGUUUUUGCCAUGUCCCUGUUCUGGAAUUCUUGGAUAUCAAAACAGUGAUCUCUGCAUCCAAAAACUUCUCUUUGAUUGGCCAUUCAGAAUCAUACUCAAAGUCCAGAAGCUAGCUACCACUACUAGACUAAGCAUUUUGCAUCAUCAAGAAGAUCAAGAAGAUCAAGAAGAGAAGAAUAAUUUGGUUGAUAAAGAUAAGAAUUUGGAAUUGAUUGAUAAAGUGAGGUUGUUGGAAGAAGCAGUUGAGGAAGAGAGAGUAGCUAGAGCUGCUUUAAUGGUUGAAUUAGAGGAAGAAAGAGCAGCUUCAGCAUCAGCAGCUGAUGAAGCUAUGGCUAUGAUUCUGAGGUUACAAGCGGAUAAAGCUUCGCUUGAGAUGGAAGGGAAGCAAUACGAGAGAAUGAUUGAUGAGAAAUUUGCUUAUGAUGAGGAAGAGAUGAAUAUACUCAAGGAGAUUCUUUUUAAAAGAGAGAGAGAGAAGCAUUUUCGUGAGAAAGAACUUGAGACUUACAAGCACAUUGAUGAUGAUCAAGAGACCGAAGAUGAUGGUUUCAACGAGAAGAGAGAAGGCGAUGAGGAUAGAGAACCCAUUAUGUAUGAUGUUCAUGUCAUUGAGGAUAACAGUAAUACUAAAGUGAGGGAUGAUGAUGUAGCAGAACACAAAGAGAUGAAGCAAUUGGAGGAGAUAGUCAAGGAUCAUGAUUCAGUAUCAUCACCUACUUCAUCUUCCACACAUCUCCCAUAAGUUUCUAAUUCUGAUUGUUGAACUCUGUUUUGGUCAAUGUGUUUGUGUAGAUUUGGUGUAAUUUGUGAAUAUCAAUAGACGUUUUAACUUUUA